CUAUCUUAAACAAAAAUAGAUAAAUAAUAAAAUAUAUGAACAAUAUUACGAACGAAAAAGCUGUUCUUGGUUUCAGUAUUUACGUGGAGAACAUUAAAGUGAAAUCAUUUGACUAUAAUGAAAAUCCAUACUAUGGCAUAACUGUACGCACUCAUUCGUCAGUUUGGUUAGGAUAAAAUCGAUGUUAGUCGUUAGCGACCACUUCAUCUGGAGUCAUGGCAGAAGUGAGUCUUUAUGAUUCAACAAUUUGUAGAUUGUGUGCGGAAGACAAUGGAAAUGGAGAAUUGCUUUACAUAGGAGACAACGACGAUCCGGAUUUGAGUUCCAUGGUGAAUCGGUAUUUGCCGCUCAAGAUCCAAGAUGAUGGCAAAUUACCACGCACCAUAUGCCCCGGUUGUAACAUACAAUUGGAGGCAACAAUUCAGUUCUUCGAGCUAUUGGUCGAUGGUCAAAGGAAAAUCCGUGAGAUGUGGAAGCAUCAGGUAGAACAACAGCGUAAAGCUGAACGGGAACGAUUUCGUGCUGGAAAAGAUACUCCGGAAGCAGUUGCAGAUACGUUGGAAUUAGAUAACAUUUCGCAAUACAAUGAAAAGGAUCAGUUCGAGCAGCAAAUUAUAAUAAAAAUAAUGCCAGAUGGUUCUAUGUAUGCUGCAGAGCAUGAAAUGAGUUUGCAAAUGGAGGGAUUGAGUAAACCAAAAAGGAAGAGGGGGCGACCACCGAAAACUCACAUAGAAAGCAUAUCCAUGGAAUUAGCAAAGGGGGAGGUGGCAGAAGGUGGGAGUCAAGAAGAGGAGGAUAAACAAGAAGAGGAGGUAGAUGAGAUCGACGGAGACGGGAGGCGUCGUAGGAAGCGUAAAGUUCCAAAAAGAUACAUGGAAGCAGUUCAGGGCAAGGAAUUAGAGAGAAUAUACAAGGAGGAGGGAGUAAUUGAUGAAGAGGACGACGAAGAGCCGGAUAAUUUUGAGGACUCGGAAGAGCAACUGAAUAUGUCUGUUCCCGAUAGUCAAGAAGAGAUAAUUGGUCAUUUGGAAUCCAAAGAGGGGAAGGAUUUAGGGGAGUUAAUUAUAGUAAAUCGAGGAAGAGGACGAGGUCGACCGAAAGUACGUCGUAGAAAAAAUAAAUUCACGUGCCAGCUUUGUGGCCGAGGCUUUUUACAACGGAGCAGAUACAUUAUACAUAAGAGUUUCCAUAAAGGAAUAAAGUACGAGUGUUCAGAUUGUAAGAAGUUAUUCACAAAUAAGGAAAAUUUAAGUUUGCACCAGAAAGCAAAUCACCACGAUGGUUGUAGUCAGAGCAUCGAGCAAAAUAUCCAAGAGGCAAAAUUAAAAUCUCCAUCAUCCGAAGAGGUUCAUAGGGUUGAAAACACUCUUGAAUCUCCUUCCCCUGAAGAACCAAAUAUAAGUAAAUUAUCAGACACAUCUGACCAUGCCCAAAAGCUUUUCUCAUGCGAACAGUGCGACAAAUCCUUUGAAUCCAUACAGGAUUACGACUCGCACACAAAACUAGACCACCAGUGUGAGAAGUUGUUUCUUUGUACAGUUUGCAAUAAGAAUUUCGUACAACAAUCUGCUUUGAAGGUUCACAUGCUGAUACACGAAAGAAAUAAAUUGGAAAAAGAAUACCCGUGCGACAUUUGUGGAAAAGUUCUGAAUCAUCCUAGCUCGGUAGUCUACCACAAAGAGGCAGAACAUAAUAAUGGCCGUCGAUUUGUCUGCAACAAGUGUGGCAAAAGUUUCAAGCACAAGCAACUACUGCAACGUCACCAGCUGGUGCACUCGGACGAUCGACCAUACAUUUGUAAAUCUUGUAAUGCCAGCUUUAAAACGAAAGCGAACUUGAUCAACCAUCAGUCGACACACACCGGCGAGAAGAAGUACUUUUGUGAAAUUUGUGGACAACAGUUUGCUCAUAAAACUAGCCUCACGUUGCAUUACAGGUGGCACACAGGUCACAAGCCGUACACUUGCGAGGUAUGCCACAAAAGUUUCUCGCAGAAUGGAAAUCUGCAAGAGCAUAUGCGAAUACAUACGGGAGAGAAACCGUACUGUUGCGACUAUUGCGGAAGAAAAUUUACAACUUCUUCACAGUUUAAACUUCAUGUCAAACGACACACUGGGGAGCGACCUUGGAAGUGUGAAUUCUGCGCAAAAUGUUUCUUGCACAAAGACACUUGGAAAUGUCAUGUACGCAGACACAAAGGGGAACGCCCUUUCCAAUGUGCUCACUGUAAUCGUGGGUUCACAGAACAGUGGGCAUUGAAAAAGCACCUACGUCUUCAUACUGGAGAGAAACCGUAUUCCUGCGACGUAUGCGGGAAAGCUUUCGCUGACUGCUCAAAUCUCACAAAGCAUAAAAAGGUGCACAGAGAGAACAAAAUUUCCACAAUUGGUGAGGUCGAAGGCUCGCCAAUUGGAGAAGUCUGGCAAAUUCUGCCGAGUUCCCAGGAGUCUGACGAACAUUCGUUGACCGACCAAAUGGCUCAAGUCAUCACGACGGAUGAUGCAUCGGGUGAUGGUAUCCAGCAAAUCAUUUACGUGUCGUACCAGGAUCCUGAUGAUCCUAAUCAGUCUCGGACUUUACAUUUUGUUGAUGCCGGCAUGAUAAGGAACAAAGAAGAAAAGGUAAACGCUAAUCAGUCAUUACCUAACAUAAAUGUUGAAAGUACCGAAAUGUUGUCGAACGCUGCUCACAAUAACGGUAGUAGCAAUUCAAGUGAACGAAUGAAUGUGGAACUUUCGGAAUCUGAUCUUCAAUUGCAGAUCACAGACGAAGAAGGCAAUCCGAUUCCCCUUUCGAUACAAGAUGCCCGACAACUUCUAUCUCAGAGCCAGUUUGUCAAUCAACUUAGUAACAGCCAAGAGAUUAGAGUUCAUCCUGGAGUGAUCUCAGAUGACUUAACAGCGCCAUUGAGUGUUCAUGUUAAUCAAGGUUCUGACAUGAAGAACGUUGACAUUACGAACGCAGAGGAAGUAAAAAUAAAGAAUAUUUCGAGCGUGCAAACGGAUGCGGAAGCAAUUGUGAAAGCAUUAGAGGACGAGAGUACAGAUGCGAAUGCAGUUGCAACAAUCAAUCAAAUGGAAGAAUCUGAGCAAUCAGGAAUCACAGAAAAUGAGCAAGCAAUCGAAUUCACCACGCAAGACGGCCAAAAAGUUCGUUUAGUCACUUCUUAUCACGUGGACCCAAUACAAUUAGCCUCUGAAUACCUGACUAUUGUAUAAACAAAAACGUACAACCGUAUAAUUUUUUUUUCGUAAGUAUUAUCGUUCAUACAGAUACGAUUAAUCAGUUGUAAAGGAAAACGUUUUUGUUUUUAAGAAUUGUAGAAUACAAAUAGCAACUAAUAAAUCAACUAAUUCGUUUGAAAUGGUUAUA